AUGCGACGCCCCCUGGUCAUCUUCCUGGUCAUAAUAUUUGCCGUGCUCCUCUUCCUGAUACACUUAGUUUGGACACUGCUGGAACUACUCGUCAUCACUGGCAUACAAGACGCCAUAACGAAGGAGGAACUGCCUGCGAUCGGCGCCGAAGACAAAAUCACCGCGAAACCCCUAAUACCGAAAAUCAUUCACCAGACGUAUAUCAACACAAGCAUCCCCGAAGUAUGGCAGGACGCGCAGGCGAGUUGCAAGACCCUGCAUCAGAAGAGCGAUGGCUGGGAGUAUAAGCUGUGGACAGACAAGAUGAGCGUCGAUUUCAUUGAAGAAGAAUACCCAGAGUUCUUGGAAACUUUCAAGGGCUAUCAAUACCCUAUCCAGCGCGCCGACGCGAUACGAUACUUUGUGCUGGAUCACUUUGGAGGCAUAUACAUCGAUCUGGACGACGGAUGCAACCGACCUCUUGAACCUCUCCUAUCGUACCCAGCAUUUGUACGGAAGACAGUGCCCACGGGUGUGAGCAACGAUGCCAUGGGUGCCGUACCGGGCCAUCCUUUCUUCAAGCGCGUAAUCCAGGAAUUGGAGCGCUACGAUCGCAGCUGGAUCUUACCGUAUAUCACCGUCAUGGCAAGCACGGGACCAUUGUUCCUGAGUGUUAUCUGGCGGCACUACAGCGACGAAGGCUUGAACGUGGGCGACGGCGCAGACGGCGGUCGCAUCAGGAUCAUCUUCCCGGAAGAGUACAAUAGCCAUCCUUGGAGCUUCUUCACCCACCAUCUUGGCAACAGUUGGCAUGGCUAUGACGUUCAGCUGAUCUUCUGGAUGGCACGAAACUGGGUGCUCUUAACAUUCAUUGGCCUCGUCGUUGGCAUCAGCGCCAUUCUACUCGGCUGGUGGAGUUAUCACCGUUACUUCCUCGCGCCAACGGACAUUCCCCAGUGGAAGAAGAAAUCCGUGCGGGACCGGCUAGCAUUCUGGUCGAACCGACAUCAAAGUGAAUACGAGCUCGUCAAUCGACACGAGCCUUGA